CCGCUCGGCAUUCCCCGCUGACAACAAGAUGGCGGCGCCCGUGUGGAGAUGCUGCCUGAGGAGAGUAUUAGCUCAUUGUCCUAGACAAAUUUUCUACAGAAUUGGUCAGCAUUCUGCAGCACUUCCACAUUUUGCCAAUAGUCAACGCUAUGCUUCAAAAGCGAAGCCCUAUAAAAUUCCCCCUAAAAAGAAAGCCCCUGAAUCGAAGCCCAAGGAAAAAAAGCAACAGUUCAGAACUGAGUUACCAAGUGAGCCAACAGAUGAUGUGUAUUUGACGUGGUGCUACAAACGGCCAGUUUAUGAGGCAGAAGUUGCUUUAGAUAUGUUGAAGAAAUUUCAGCCACUGGACUUUACUCCCCCUGAUCAGGAGGUGUAUGCAGAUAUCACGCUGGAUAUGGCAACGCCAAAGAAAACAUUGGAGCCAUUUGAUAGUACACUUAUUUUUCCUUAUCGUUUCACAGAAAGCGUCCAUAAAGUUUUAGCAUUUACAGAGAAAGAAGAAGAAGCUACUCUAGCAAGCAAAUAUGGUGCUGCAAUUGUAGGAGGGGCCGAAUUAAUCAAGCCGAUUCUGAAUGGUGAAAUCAAUGCAGAUUUUUAUGUUGCUGUGCCUUCUGUGGUAUCCAAGCUCUCCCCUUUAAGAAACUUCCUGAAGCAAAAGUUCCCAAAGACCAAAAAUGGUUCUCUUAGUUACGACAUUAUCGAGAUGCUUGAAUUCUUCACACUGUGCCAUAAAUACAGGGUAGAAAAUGUUAACAUGAUCCGAACUCCAAUUGCAAAACUUGAUAUGCCUAAUGAUCAGAUACUUGCCAAUCUGGAUGCAGUUAUUAAGGACGUUUGUAAAUACAAACCUCUGAAAUAUGGCCCAUUUGUGACAUGUUUGUCUAUUCGGGGUGCAACCAGCGAAAGCUUAGAUGUAAAGUUUGAACGCUUUCUCCCUGAGGGAGCUGUGAGAGAGGAGGUAAAAGAGGUAAAAGAGGAAGCAAAAGAAGAGGAAGAUGAAGAGGAAGAUGAGAAAGCAAAAGAAGAAGAGGACGAUGACAAUGAUGACCAAGGAGAAAUGAAAACAUCCAGAUAACUUCAGGAUUGCACACAUGUUUUUAUUGCUCCUUCUGUACAAAAAAUGUACAGGUGAAAAUUUGUGACUGCUUACAUGGAUUAGUAAUGUAGGACUUAAAACUGUGGAGAACUCACAACCCCUUCCCAUCAGGGCUUUUUGAAGUUGAGCAAGCAAUUGAUAAAACAUUUGAACAAUGUUUUCAUUUACUGUCCAGUCUUGAAAGAGAGAUGUUUGUGGUAUUAAUUGACCACGAAAAAUGCUUUGCAUUCAUAACUGGUUCCCUGGAUAUCGUGCAGCUAUUAAUUACAAAUGAGAAAUCUACGUUCAGUCUGCAUGUGUGUAUCUUGGAAGGACUUCACAUUCCUGUGAAAAAUGGAGUGGAGAUGCUUCUGCCUCCCUCUUGAUAUCUCUGUUCAUUUGCUUAAUUAACAUUGGAAGUAGUUGCAUUCCAAAAUCAUUGUUUUCAAAGGUACAGCAUUGUGUGAUGCAGCAUUAACUGCUUCUGCAGUGGCAUAUCUGGAGUCUUUUUUGUUGGUUUUAAAUUAAGCACAUCAUCAAAUUACCAUUGAUUAUAUUGCAUGCAGUAGCUAAUUCUACCCAUGGAUUGUUUUAGGGUUGUGGGAGGGGGGUGGUUAACCACAACAGUAACCCAUUUCACAUGCCAUAAGCUUCAGCACAGCCUGCCACAACUUGCCUCUAAAAAUGUCUGCUGGCUGUAGUGGCUUGUUCUGAUGUCUGAACCAGGCCUGUAUUGUCUAAGAAUUCCCCCACCACCCAAGGCAUCGCAGCACAGGAUGUUGCUGGUCUCAGAUUCUGUGUGAUCUUGGAGGUGGAAAUCUUUAAAUUCAGCAGUAUCAAGGGCCUUCAGUAACUUUGGGUCUCAUUCAAUCCACACAUGGGGUGGCUUUGAACAAGGUGUUGUUUCUUGGUCUUGGUUUCACACCUGCAACAUGGAAUUGAGGAUGGAUACAUUCAGAAUGAAGGGUAGUGCUGGCUUCUCUGCAUUCCAGUUCCUUGGAAGGACUGGUCCCAGCAGAUGGAAAGUUUGCAAUGGGCAGGCAGGGAAUAUAUAGUCUAAAAAGGAAGCCAAAGACAAGUUUGUGUGAUUCAGGGCAUGGCAGGAUACAGUGGGAUAUACAGGCUAGCGUUAGCGAAAUGAAGAGAUGGAAGAAGUCAGGAAAAAACUAUUUUGAAGGAUCUUUUUCCCUUCCCAAAAGUUUGAAUAAUUUUCGAUUAUUAAAUGGUCUGUUUUAGAGUUAUGUUUUCAAUGUUUAAGGGAAGGUGUUCAUAUAUUACUACUAAGGCUUUUCUUAAAAAAUUCUGAAAACUAUGCACUGGAAAGACUUCUGUAGGAAAACUAGAGAUGUUAAAUUCCUGGAAAUUUUGGAGGAGGGGUCCUCCCUGUAAGAUUUCUAGCAAAGUUAUUUUGGAUACCUUAUUAAAAUUAUUCAUCUAAUGUACCUCUUACUGAUAGGCAUUUAAGGGAUGUUACAGGAUGUGAUUGGUUGUCAGCAUGUGGUUACAGCUACCAUAGAAUACGUGAAGGAAAUGCAUUCUUGCCUGUUGGGAUUUUGUUAUGCAGAGUCCUGCAUUUCGGGCUUGUUCUGGUUAGAAGUUGUAGCAGUCCAUGAAUGUGGCUCCCAAAUGGACAUACGAGAGAUACAUUGUAGGUCAUUGUUCUUCACUAUUUUUCUACUUGGCUGGAGGCAUUCUUGGGCUUCUCAAACCCUUCCUGCUCCAUGUCAGCCUAACAAGGCCUCAGGCAUCCACCAAGUCCCCAGGCAGGCAAAUUUCACUUGGAACUUCUUUCCAUCAUUGCAAGAGUGUUCAGCUCACCUUCGUACUGCAGAAUCCCCCAGUGCAGAGCCAUGUUUAUCGGAAAGCGUAUUUAAGCGAACAGCAUCAUGAUGGCCAAAAAGCCAACCGAACAGCUCUGGGAUAAAGUUUUGUGGUAAGUAUCACCCGGAUGCUCCACAACACUGGGCUUUAUGUAAGGGUGGCGGGAAGGAAACUUGUUGCCGAAACAAACCCAUAUCAAAGCCUGUUCGGCAUGAAAGAGAUGGAGGGAGGAAAACAUUCUUUGGCCCAGUGAGAAUAAAACGACUGCAUUUGUCACAAAGCCAGCGGUGCUUAUUAUGCAAGAACAGCAUCCUGUGCGAGGAUGCUUUUCCCUGGCAGGGACUAGGAAACUGGUUGCGAAGGGGGGCGGGGGAAGUAGGAAGCUCGGUCAGCAGUUGGGGCCAGGGCUCUCAGGCAAACUUGGGGCCUUCUGGAGAGGCCAGAGGUAGCCUGUCCAGCUGGCCCUGUGCUUACGAACCAUCUUAAAGCAAAGACUUUUCCUUUCCUGUUCAUACAGCAUAGUCACUUCUGAAUCACCAAAAUAGAGGAGAUGCAUUACCAAAAAGAGGGGGCAGAAGGAACCAUUGAUUUGCAUAUGUUUAGAAGCUGAAGGGUGACACAGUGCCUCUCGUCAUGGCAUGGAAGACUGCAAGCCGACUGCCUGUUCCGUCCACCGCUCGAGUGCGAACUGUUGCUAGGUCACAGGUCUGGUGGUCCUCUAUCAUUAAACCAGAAUUCGAGAGGACAAUUCUCUAGCAUCUCUCCAAAGAGAGAACUACCCUCUGUAAAGAAAGACUAUAUGGCUACCCUAGAAAUGGAGUUGGGUUGGUUCUUUUGGACUGCCUGGCUCAGAAGCACUGACAUGGAAUGCUUGGGCUUCCUUUCCUGCCACCAGCAGCCAAGGAAGAAGGAACUGGCAUCUGCUGAAUCAAUUAAAAGUCCAUCACACCUGAAA